UUUACUUCUCUAUUCAUUUCUCAAGUCUUAUCUCCACCACAUCUCUUCUUCUCCUUCUUUCAGUGAGAAGAGAACUGGAAAAAAAAUGGCCCUGCAAGCACCUACGAGGCUUCAAGCUCGAAAGCCUUCUCCUUCUCUUUUAGCUCCAAAUGGAAGUAAUGCUGGUCUUCGGGCCCCAUCUGAUCGUUUUGCCCUGAAAUCUUCUUUCUUUUCUCCCUCUCUUUAUCUCUUGUCGCUUGCUAAUUCUAAUCAACUCCAGCAGCCUCUGGCAUCUUCUGCUCCGAGAUACUCCAUGCGCGUUGCUUCCAAGCAAGCUUAUAUUUGUCGCGAUUGCGGGUAUAUUUACAAUGAGAGGACUCCUUUCGAGAAACUGCCUGACAAGUACUUCUGCCCUGUUUGUGGUGCUCCUAAAAGGAGAUUUAAGCCUUACGCUCCUACUGUGACCAAAAAUGAUAAUCAAACAGAUGUUCGAAAGGCACGUAAAGCACAAUUACAGAGAGAUGAGGCAAUUGGGCGAGCAUUGCCAAUAGGAAUUGCAGUUGGAGCUGUAGCCCUUGCCGGUUUAUACUUCUACCUGAACGGUAGCUUUCAAGGUUGAAUGGUAGCAGAAUCCACGUAGGAAAUAUGGCAGGUGUUAUCAUGUUAAUGUUUUUCAUAGAACAGAGCAAUUCUUGUUAUUAAUUCCAUAAGAGGGAAUUCAUAAACCUUUUCUAUUUUGCCUUUGUUCCGAGAUUCAGUAAUUUCAAUCUUGUAAUUUGGAAGGAAAA